AUGGCGGCGGCGGCGGCGGCGGGUCGGCUAAGCUGGUUGCUCGCCGCGCUCUGCCUGGGCAACGCCGCUGGGGAGGCGGCGUCGGGCCCGCGAGUGUUGGGCGUCUGUCUGGAGGAAGACGGAGUCGCGGACGCGGGGUGGGCGCGCGGAGGAGAGGUGCGGGACGCCCCGGAGGCCACCUUCCGCCUGCGAGUCUUCGGCUCGGGUUUGGCCAACAGCUCCUGGUCCUGGGUGGCCCCCGAGGGGGCGGGCUGCCCCGAGGGCGGGCCGGCCGCGGCGCCCCCCACGGGCGAGUGGCGCGCGCUGCUGCGCCUGCGCGCCGAGGCCGCGCGCCCGCACUCGGCGCUGCUGGCGGUGCGCGGGGAGCCAGACGGCUCGGCGGCCCAGGAGGCGGUGGCCCCCACGGGCGAGUGGGGUGCGCUGCUGCGCCUGCGCGCCGAGGCCGUGCGCGUGGAGCCGGGCGGCGCGGCAGCUGAGGAGGCGGCGCCGCCCUGGGCGCUGGGCCUGGGGGCGGCGGGGCUGCUGGCGCUAGCGGCGCUGGCGCGGGGCCUGCAACUGAGCGCGCUGGCGCUGGCGCCCGCCGAGGUGCAGGUGCUGCGCGAGAGCGGCUCGGAGGCCGAGCGUGCGGCGGCGCGGCGCCUGGAGCCCGCGCGGCGCUGGGCUGGCUGCGCCCUGGGCGCAUUGUUGCUCCUGGCCAGCCUGGCGCAGACGGCGCUGGCGGUGCUGCUGUACCGCGCGGCCGGCCAGCGUGCCGUGCCCGCCGUGCUGGGCAGCGCGGGGCUCGUGUUCCUGGUGGGCGAGGUGGUGCCGGCCGCCGUGAGCGGGCGCUGGGCCCUGGCACUGGCGCCGCGCGCGCUGCUCCUCAGCCGCCUGGCCGUGCUGCUGACCCUGCCGGUGGCGCUGCCCGUGGGCCAGUUGCUGGAGCUGGCGGCGCGGCCCGGGAGGCUGCGCGAGCGCGUGCUGGAGCUGGCGCGCGGAGGCGGCGACCCCUACAGCGAUCUCAGCAAAGGCGUGCUGCGCUGUCGGACCGUGGAGGACGUGCUCACGCCGCUCGAGGACUGCUUCAUGCUGGACGCCAGCGCCGUGCUGGACUUCGGCGUCCUGGCCAGCAUCAUGCAGAGCGGCCACACGCGCAUCCCGGUGUACGAGGAGGAGCGCUCCAACAUCGUGGACAUGCUCUACCUCAAGGACUUGGCCUUCGUGGACCCCGAAGACUGCACGCCACUCAGCACCAUCACCCGCUUUUACAACCAUCCACUCCAUUUCGUCUUCAACGACACCAAGCUGGACGCCGUCCUAGAGGAGUUCAAACGAGGUAACUCCCACCUGGCCAUCGUGCAGAGGGUGAACAACGAGGGUGAAGGGGACCCCUUCUACGAGGUGCUGGGCCUGGUCACCCUGGAGGACGUCAUUGAGGAGAUCAUCAAGUCUGAGAUCCUGGACGAGUCUGAGGAUUACCGAGAUGCCACAGUGAGGAAGAAGCCUGCUUCUCUGAGUGCCCCUCUCAGGCGGAAAGAGGAAUUCUCCUUGUUCAAAGUGUCUGACGAUGAAUACAAAGUGAAAAUCUCGCCCCAGCUGCUCUUGGCCACCCAGCGCUUCCUGUCCCGAGAGGUGGAUGUAUUCAGCCCCCUGCGAAUCUCCGAGAAGGUCCUGCUGCACCUGCUGAAGCAUCCCAGCGUCAACCAGGAAGUGAGGUUUGACGAGAGCAACCGUCUGGCUGCACACCAUUACCUGUACCAGCGCAGCCAGCCGGUGGAUUAUUUCAUUCUCAUCCUGCAGGGCAGGGUUGAGGUGGAGAUCGGGAAAGAGGGCCUGAAGUUCGAGAAUGGGGCCUUCACCUACUAUGGAGUGUCUGCCCUGACAGCACCGUCCUCAGUUCACCAGUCCCCAGUGUCCUCGCUCCAGUCCAUCCGCCACGACCUGCAGCCUGAGCCAGCCGAUAGUGGCCGCUUCUCUGCAUACUGUCCUGACUACACCGUGCGGGCCCUCUCCGACCUACAGUUCAUUAAGGUCACGCGGCUGCAGUACCUCAAUGCACUCCUGGCUACUCGAGCCCAGAACCUGCCACAGUCCCCGGAGAGCGUGGACCUCCAGGUCGUCCCAGGCAGCCGGACCAAGCUCCUUGGUGACAAGACAGCUGCAGCGGCAGGGCCCAACCACAGCAGACCCGGCCUCCCAGCGGAGGAGAGCCCUGGGCGGAACCCAGGGGUUUAACUGCUUGCCAGGCAGCCCCAGGUGUGGGCAGUGGACAAGCACGUGGGGAACUGGAGAGCCGAGGAGUAGCUUCCCGUCAGCCUGUCCCCAUCCCUUCCAGGCCACGUUUUAGAUGGCCCUUAUAGAUGUCGGUCCUGGGCUGUCCUCAGAACCAGACCUUGGUGCCAGGAACCUUCAGGAGGUCCUGCUCUCCUUUAGGAAAUGGGGAUCAGCUGGGGCGCAGCCCUCCAGGCCUGCUUCUGAAGGGAAUGGGAAGAACACUGUCAUCUCCGGUCCCCAGGACCCAGCCUUCUCCCUGUGACAGUGCAGCGUAUUUAUACCUCUUUGGGCCAAGCCAUGAUGUGAGUACAUGAUUACUGCCUUUAUGUGGCCGUGACCUGUACUCGCUUUGCUUUUAAUUUGCCAACUUUCUGCUGCCGGCAGCACUUUUUGGGCAAACCAAGAGCACUAGUUUUGGCUGGGGGUUCACAUCUAUGACCUUGGCCAUGGUGAAGUAUUUGGCUUCCCUUACAAUGCCAUGUUUCUAAGCACGUGCCCCUGCCCGUCCCGUGUGCCAAACGUAGAAGAAGCACGAUGACCCACAAGUAUGUCCCACUGUCCUGCUCCCUCCUGUGGAGGUUGCUUCUCUGAGCCCUCAGCUCAGAGCCCUGAGCAAGCAAGACUGGCCCCCCCGUGGCACUGAGGAGUCCUGCUCCUUCUGCGCCUCAGCCUGUCUUGCUUAGUUGCCACUAACAGUAUUGUCUUUUUUCUGUGUUUUAAGAAGAGGUCACACAUGGGAGGAAGGGGUCUGCUGCACCUAAUCCUUUGUUAGUUGCUGAUUCCAGGGAGAGUAACCAACUGUCAGACCUGUUUUUGUACCUUCUUCCUAGGCCUCUGGAGGGCUGUGUGGCUGUAAUUUUCGGGGAGAACAGCAAG